AUUCGGAAGGGUUGGUGCUGGCUCUUGUAUCUCCUUUGCCAUACACAAAACGAAAUGCAAAGUUCCCACCAUUUUCUUUCUUCGCCCGUCCCUUUAUGUUUCCCAUGAUUUCUCGGCAACCAAACAGACUACUAGAGUCCCUGUUUCCACUGAGCAAGUAGCGCCCAAAUAUUCAGAACUGCGAAACGCGGACAAAGCCCAACCUUACUAUUCUCUCUCAAAGCACCAAUCACCGAUUCUUCUUCUUCUUCUACUACUUUUGAGCUCAAAAACAAUGCCUUCUUUUCCUCAUCCCGGUUCCGUGACCAUCUGCGAAAUCAAUCGAGACCUCAUUACGGCGGAGAACCUUUCGGAGGAUCGAGCCAAGGACACUUAUGGAAAACUUCUGGGAAUGGUGUUUAGCCCGGUGCCGUUUCAAUCGGAUCAGCUGGCGAGGUCGCCGAGUCCGGAGAACAACGCAGAACAGGCAAUCGCAGUAGAAGGAAAGGGAAUUGUGACCACAUUGCAGGAGAUUGUGAAUGAUUCCUUCAAACGCCUUUUUCAUCCUAAUGAUGUGAACCUGUUACCUGAAGUUGAUCUCCAGGGAGUGACCUGGCACCAGCAUAAACAUAUCAUUGCCUUUAUAUCCGGGUCCAAUCAAGUCAUAGUUCGUGAUUAUGAAGAUUCAGAAGGGAAGGAACCAUGCAUUUUAAGCAAUGAGUCUCAGAGGGAUAUUAAAUUACUUGAGUGGAGACCAAAUGGCGGACGGACACUCUCUGUAGCAUGCAAGGGUGGGAUUUGCAUUUGGGCUGCCUCUUAUCCUGGGAAUGCAGCAACUGUGAGAUCUGGUGCUGCUGCUUUCUUGGGUACCCUCUCAAGAGGUUCCGGAAUAAAGUAUAUUCUGGUGGAUUUUCUUAAAAGUCAAAGUGAUGAGCAUAUUAGUGCGCUGUCAUGGAGUCCUGAUGGAAGAUAUUUAGCAUCCGCUUCUUUUGAGGGUUCAUCAUAUACCAUAUGGGAUGUUGCUCAAGGUAAAGGGACACCCAUUCGGCGGGGGUUAGGGGGUAUAUCGAUACUGAAGUGGUCACCAAUCGGAGAUUACUUUUUCUCUGCAAAAUUUGACGGUACAUUUUAUCUUUGGGAGACAAACACAUGGACAUCAGAGUCAUGGUCUUCAACUAGCGGUUUUGUCACGGGAGCAACAUGGGACCCUGAUGGGCGCAUGAUACUUCUUGCUUUCUCAGAAUCUUCAACAUUGGGUUCAAUUCACUUUGCAUCAAAGCCCCCUUCAUUGGAUGCACAUCUAUUACCUGUCGAGCUGCCUGAGAUAGUAUCAUUGACAAACAGUCAGCGCAUUGAGAAGAUAGCAUGGGAUGCUUCAGGAGAGCGGUUGGCGGUUUCAUAUAAAGGAGGGGAUGAUUUAUACAGGGGCCUCAUCGCCAUUUAUGACGUUAGGAGGAGUCCCUUAAUCUCUGCAUCACUAAUUGGGUUUAUCAGAGGUCCAGGGGACAAUCCAAAGCCAAUAACCUUUGCUUUUCACGAUAAGUUUAAACAGGGACCGCUGCUUUCUGUCUGUUGGAGUAGUGGAUUUUGCUGUACCUAUCCUCUCAUAUUUCGCUCACAUAUUCUUCCUUAGCUCACGGCGUUCUCCUACUUGUGAAUUUCUCUGUACCCUCUCUCAUAUUCUGCUAUUAUGUUUGGUAUUGAUAUCCUCCUCAUGAUUGGACAUGUGUUGCCUCGGAUCCUAAACUUUCAAGCCAGAGAAGUAUUAUUCUUUUAUGUUGAAGUCCACCGAAAAUAUGCUUUUGAAACUUUAGAGAGAUUAUCAUGGAUUUGCGGUUUAGAUUAAAAAAACAAAAACAAAAACAAAAAGUGAUGCCAAUUAGAAUAGGAUUCGAUUGCAACUAGCUAGCUCUCUCUCUCUCUAUUUGUUUUCUUUCUUGGAGCAAGAAGUUUGGUGGGAAC